GCAGCAUGGAGGAAAAAAAAUUGGAAAUAAAUCAGUAAUGUAGGUGUGGCUGUGUUGCUUCCUGAUUGGAGUGGUCCACAGCUGAUGGAUCUCAUAAGUGCAUGGUUCAAAGAGCCAGAAUAUUUUUUUAUGUCUUGAUGCAACUCAAUUCCCAGUGAUUCUCCUUCUCCCAUGAAUAUCUGCUGCAUUGCAUCAUCGGCUUUCUUAAAAGGAAGAAAGGCUACCAUUUCCAAGGUGGUAUAACUCCAUCUUUUUUUUUUUGGUGAAAAGUAUAACUCCAUCUUUACACCAAUCCAUCGGAGCCACUGCCAUUUCAAUUCCCUGUGUUCUCUCUCCUACACAAACUACCAUAACUCUUUCCUCUGCACACUUCGUCCUUUCUAAAACCACCAGAUCGAUCUUGGCCAUCAUCUCUCGUGUCCCUUCUUCCCACCUAUUCUUCUCUCUCCUUGUUUGGCUCUAAAGAACAUUAAAAAAAAAAAAAACACUAGGUUGGUGGAUUUGCAGUCUUGUAUACUCUGAGAGUUAAGCAUUCUACUGUUGAAACUGAUCUUAGACCUGGAGUUGUCUGUCUUUUUUUUUUUUUCCUUCUUUCUGACUGAGGAGAGGGGGGCUUUCAUGGGAUUUUCUUUUGUCAGAAAAAAGAUAAAAAGCCAGCUGGAUUUUGUGCCUUCAGCUUCAGAUGACUUGCAGCUGGCUUUUGGAUACCAAGUUGAGAUCACGACUGUAGGUUUUUGGGGUCUGCGCCAGUGUUGACUUGCGGCAAUAGAAGGAUCUGCUUUCCAGUGCACCUCUGAGUAAGCUUCACCAAACUAUCUUGGCUGAGGGAACGAAACAAAACAGGAAAACAAGAGAUACAUUUGGUUCUGAAUUUAUUUGGGAGAAGAACACUUCUCUUUUGAAAGUUUAGAUGUUCUUUUUCCAUGGUUCCAUGCCUAUAUUGAAAGGUUUUUGAAUCUAGUUUAGCAAAGUUUCUUUAAGUGAUACGAUUCUCCCUUUGUUUCUUCUCUUUGAUGUCUAGUACAUGAGAAAGCUUAUGGUUCAUACGUUCAGAUUUCACUAUCUUUGAUAUAUUAUGACUGCUGCUGCUGCAUUUUGUAUACAUUUCAUCAAUCUUCUAACAGGCCUACAAGCACUCUAGUGGUUUAUGCCACUCAGAAACACCUGUAGAUUGUAAGUUUUAAAGGACUGUUCAUUAGAUCAGUUCAAGGACCUCAGGAGCUUUAGAUCUCAGCUUGAUUUGUUCAGAAACGGAAAGCAGAAGGCCUAUUUCAUCAUACUGACAGAAUGAGGCCUGUGGAUGAUAAGGCGCAUUACAUCUAUGGAUCAGCUCAGGAUAAUCCCAUCUGUAAUUCAUAUAACUUGGAGUUUCAGAAUGGAAAUGCCAUGAACAAGGCUCGCAGCCAUCGCAAGGUCGUAGGUUCUCGUACCAAGCCGACCCCUUCGAAGUGGGAUGAUGCCCAAAAGUGGCUGGUUGGAUUAUCUGGUGGAGGGUAUCACUGUCACAGCAACAGCAAGCCCCGGAAUUCUAAUGCUGAUGAUAGGAGACUGCUCGCUCCGAUGCCUCCGAAGGGAAGGGAUUCUUUCAGCAGUGCAGAUGGGGCAUUAGAAGUUGAUGCAGCACUGGAAAUCCCUGUUCAAGAUGAAGGAGAAAUGAAGAAAAUAGAAUGUCAUGAGCCAUUCUGGAGGAUCGAUAAGCCAGUUGAGGAUUCUGCUAUGGAAGUAAGGUCAGUUUGUGUGAGGGAUAUGGGUACGGAGAUGACCCCCAUAGCUAGCAAGGAGCCCUCCAGGGCUGGUACACCAUUAGGAGCUGCAACUCCUGUAUUGAGAAGUCCCAUUUCUUCGAGACCAUCCACUCCGGCAAGGCGCCGGCAAGGCGCCCGAACCCAUGAGAGCUACCAAGAAGGUAUCAAGAAUUUGGAGAGGAAAGGUGAGCCAGUGUUCUUUGGCAAGGUAAGUGGUGAAUUAGAUGCCAGCAAGAUAUCUGAGAACAAGGUUGCAGAGCAAAUUAGGAACCUCGACUCUCUCGAGUCCCGAGCCAUGGCUUGGGAUGAGGCUGAAUGCGCCAAGUACAAGGCAAGAUACAAGCGUGAAGAAGUGAACAUACAAGCAUGGGAGAAUCAUGAGAAAAGAAAAGCUGAAAUGGAGAUGAGGAGGAUGGAGAUCAUAUUACAAUUCUGCUCGACAUCAUUAUAUGUUAUGACCUCUUCUCUGGGCUAAGGCUAAUUCUAACCACGCUGCUGCUCCUAGUUGAAGGCUGAAAGGAUGAAAUCUCGGGCUCAAGAAAAGCUAGCAAACAAGUUGGCCGCGACACGGAGAAUAUCGGAGGAGAAGCGUGCUAAUGCAGAGGCCAAACUGAAUGAGAGGACUACUAGAACGUCGGAGAAAGCA